AUGGUUCAGCAAGGACAGAUUGACCACCUGCUUCUGGAAACCGGCCAGAUUCCCUCACCGCCCCACGUUUCGGCCCAGGCGGCGCUGCAGGACUACGACGGCAUCUACGCCCGUUCCAUCGAGGACCCCGAGGGGUUCUGGGCCGAGGCCGCCGAGGGCCUGCACUGGUUCCGCCGCUGGGACGAGGUCUUCCAGUGGGAGUACCCCAACUUCCGGUGGUUCGUGGGCGGGCAGACCAACAUCUGCUACAACGCUCUGGACGUGCAUCUGAACACCGAAAGGCGCAACAAGGCGGCCCUCAUCUGGCUGGGAGAAGACGGCACGGAGCAGGUCUAUACCUACGCCCGCCUGGCCCAGCAGGUCAACCGAUGCGCCAACGGCCUCAAGUCCCUGGGCAUUGGCAAGGGCGAUCGGGUGGUAAUCUACAUGCCCCUGACGCCGGAAGGGGCCAUAACCAUGCUGGCCUGCGCCCGCAUAGGCGCCAUCCACAGCGUAGUCUAUGCCGGUUUCAGCGUGGGUUCUCUGCGGGACCGUAUCCAGGAUGCCUCGGCCAAGCUGCUGAUCACCGGCGACGUGGGCUACCGCCGGGGCAACAAGGUUGACCUCAUCGGCAUCGCCAACGAGGCGGUGGAAGGCUGCGACUCGCUGACUUCGGUGUUGGUCUGGCGGCGGGAAAUGGCCCGCGAAGACCUGAAGGUUGGGCAGGUGGAUUUCGAGGAACUGCUGGCCGGUCAGUCCAUUGACUGCGAAGCCGAGGUAAUGGACGCCGAAGAUCCCCUUUACAUCCUGUAUACCAGCGGCACCACCGGCAAGCCCAAGGGCGUAGUCCACGUCCACGGCGGGUACAUGGUCGGCACCCACUACCACUUCAAGAACUUCUGGGACGUCAAGGAUAAGGACGUCUUCUGGUGCAUGUCGGACAUUGGCUGGGUGGUAGGCCACAGCUACAUCGUUUAUGCGCCCCUGGUAGCCGGGGCCACCACCGUCUUUCGCGAAGGCGCGCCGGAUUACCCCCACAACGCAAUCUUCUACGAAAUCAUCGAGAAGUACGGCGUAAACGUCAUCUUCACUGCCCCCACUGCGGUACGCAUGUUGAUGCGCUACGGCGAGGAACCCGCCAAGCAGUACAACCUGCGCUCUCUGCGCUUCCUCACCUGCGCUGGCGAACCCCUGAAUCCCGAGGCCCUGCGCUGGGCCUACGAGCAUAUCUGCGGCAGCGGCGAGUGGGCCCACAUCGUGGACAACUGGUGGCAGACGGAGACGGGGGGCCCCUGCCUCGGCACCAUGGCCACCAUGGAAACCCGCCCAGGACGGGUGGGCAAGCCCCUGCCCGGCGCGUUGAUGGACAUCGUGGACCGGGAGGGUCAGCCCAUUGAGGAACCGGACAAGGGCGGACUGCUGGUGAUACGCCGUCCCUUCCCCCACUUCUCCCGCACCGUGUGGGGCGAUCCGGACCGCUACAACGACACCUGGAACCAGGUCCCCGGGGUGUAUCUCACCGGUGAUGUGGCCCUGCGCGACGCCGACGGCUAUUACAUGGUGGUCGGCCGCGCCGAUGAUGUGCUGAAUGUGGCCGGCCACCGCAUUGGCUCGGCGGAGGUGGAAAGCGCCUUGGUGUCCCAUCCCUCGGUAGCCGAGGCGGCGGUCAUCGGCAAACCCGACGAACUGCGCGGCGAGGUGAUCAAGGGCUUUGUUACCCUGCGCAUGGGCAACGACCCGUCAGACCUGAUGAUCGACACCCUGCGCAACCACGUCCGCACUGUCUUGGGUCCCAUCGCAGUGCCGGCGGAAAUCGAGUUCACCCCUACCCUGCCCAAAACCCGCUCCGGCAAAAUAAUGCGCCGCCUGCUGAAAGCCCAGGAACUGGGGUUGGAUCCGGGGGAUAUUACGACGCUGGAAGAGUAG